UGACACCAAACAGCGAACUAUCGGCCCUCGUUACUGACUGGAUUCGAUGCAGGCAACGAGUGCAGAUCCAAGGGUGCCAGAGCCGACUCCUGAAGGCCUCAAGAGAAGCCGUCUAAACAUUGGGGUUCUCGAAGAGUUUGCCCAAAAUAUGGCCGAGAACAUAAUCCAGUCGUUUAAAAGCCAAAUGGAAAUGAUGGAGCCUGAGGUGGACGGCCAGGCUUUUAGAUUUAAUCAAAACCAGGAGAUGUUAGCUGAAGAGUUAGCCCCAGCAGUGGUUGAUCGGAGAGAAGUAUGUAGAAGUCAAAACGUUGAGGAUCACCAAGAGGGUUCCCAGAGUUCAAGAUCAGCUGGGGUAAAGAUGGAUGGUGGGAAGGCUAAAAAUCUGCAUUUAAUGAAUGAAUCUGACAGCGAGAGUUCCACAAAGAUGGAUCCAGGCAAAGAAAUCCAGACCUCUAAAAACACCCAGCCUUGUCCCCCGCCCCUGUCCCAGUCAGGGCUCCCCGUCGUGGAAUCCCUCGACUACCCCGACGCCCCUCCAACCACACCUCUCCUCCCAGAGCUUGAGAGGAGCAGAGACAGUUUCACCAGGAAGCUAAAAGGAGGCUUGGCGAAGGUUUUCCUGCCUUCACCUCCCCCGUCCACCCCGCAGUUCAAAGAGGACUCCUCGGACGGAUCCGCAGACGACCCCCAGGUGGAGUUAAUGGCGCAUUUGAUGCACACACUGUCCACAGAUGAUUUAGGAAGAGACCGUUUGGAAGUAGGACCUCACCAUGGAUCCAAGAUGGAGGCUUUUGCGGAGGCUCUUUCAUGUGACAUCAUUGACCGGGUCUUGAGCGACGAUAACAGAGAGCAGGUAGCCGACGAACGCGAUCUCCAUGUGCUAGCACACCAACUGGCUGAAACCAUCAUCACCUCCUCCCUUGAUGAAGCUAAAAUGCUUGUCUAGUAUCUUAAUGGAUCAUAUUUGUGAUGAUAUAUAUAUGGCACACAUAUAUUGUUCUAUUAUCUGAUUGAGAUGAAGAGUUUGUUUAUCUAUAUUUAUUGCAAAAACUGACCAGAGAUUCGGCAAAAGAUGGUCGUCUCGCACUUUUAAUGACACAGCUCCUGGAAGCUGUAUAUUUUAGAUGCUGGAUGAAGAACAUGAUAAUGGUUUUAGUCCAAGAUGGAUCAAAAGUACAUUGACAGGAAACUCCAAUCAAGAUGCAAUUUUGACUGUGAUCCAACUGCCAUAAACAUACAUUUCCUGUAGAUGGCAUCACAGGAGCAAUCAGUCAGCAGGAGGUCAGUGAGGUCAACCUCUAUGUGUCUGUGUGCAUCGUUGAUAACAUGUAACAUUUGUCUUGCUUAGCUUUAUUAUAUAUUGUCAAUACCAAAAAUAAAGACUGUGUUUUAUUUGA